UCAAAUACUAUUGGUCUCAGACGGAAAUUUCGUUUUCAUGUAUUGAUAAAAGUCUCGUAUCCUAGAAAGCCGCGCUUUCUGCGCCAUCUUGUUAUAACGUCAUUUCUAUUUAAGGAAUUUGCUGUGUACGUUGGGAAUGUGCUUGGAUUUUAUAUCAUUUUAGAACAUUGCAAAAUAUUGCAGAUAUCACUAUUACCACGAUUUUUUCUGUAAUAUUGGUUAUUAUUUUCAGGCCAAGGUCAAGAUUCACAGGGCUGAGGAGAUACAUUUUGUUCCCAAAUGUGAAAUAAAAUAAAUUUAACAUAUCAAUAGAAUAAAAAUCUGAACAAUAAUACAAGAUGGACGUCGAUAAGCUUUCUGAUGCAGAAUUGCGUACAAAACUCUUGGAGUUUGGAUUUCCAGUUAUGCCUAUAACUGGGACAACAAGAAAGGUUAUGGCAAAAAAGCUGAAAAUGCUUCUUGAAAAUAAGAAUAAAAUAGGCUCAGAAGGAACCAGAAGGUCUAUGGGUCGAUACUCUAGUGAGGAAGAUAGUGACUCGGAGCUAAAAGUAUCAAAGAAGAAGGAAAAUAGAAGGAUCACCAUGGCAGCUCCAAUAAUGCAGCCUCCUUCAGUUGGUGUUAAAGUUAGGAAAAGUACGCGUUUCAAUGAGUCUCCAGAACCUGAGAAUAAUGUUGGAAUCCAGUUGUCUAGAAGUCCUGUCAAACAUGAAUCAAGAACGACAACUACAACUACAACCAAGACACAGAAAAUCAUUAAAUCUGGCCAAGAUGAAUUUGAUACAGGGUCGGAAUCUGAAUCUGAUAUCGUCAACAAUUAUAAGUUGAUAAAGGGAACAUCUAAUUUUAGCAAAAAUUUACCAGUAACAUCUCCCAACUCAUCAUCAGUUAGAUACUCGCCUCCUAAAUCAACAGAUACUUCCUACAGUUCUACAAGGAAUGUUUCAUUCAAUAUUAAUGCGUCGCCUAGUCGAGUAUCAACAUAUAAUUCACCAUCUUUGGCUUCAGAAUAUGCUUCUGAUAAAUUGAAUGAAAUCAGAUCCAGGUUGAGUCUGAAUACGCCAUCUUAUGAAAGUCCAGUGUAUUCAUCAAGUUUACCCUCAAAAGAAGAGACUCCAUUUCUCAGCAAUUUCACUAAGAGAUUGUCUGCAUUGUCCAGCCAGAAGAAUGAUCAGGACUAUAAGAAAGAUAUCAAGGAACAUGACACUAAUGGUUCAUCUACCUUUGUCAGAGGUCAAUUAAGCAGGUGAAAUAUAGUUUUGAAUGUAGAUCUAAAA